UCCUACUCCCAAUCUAUACCAAAAUGUAUGCCACCGCUGGUACUCAGCUAUACCAAAUUCGGUCGGCAUACAUUUGUCCUACUUAUGUCGAAACGUAUUCAAUCUAUUAUACCUUCCACAACCAGCAGCAACACCUUUGUAUCCACAGGUAUCUGGCAUGCCCCAGCAAGGGAUUAUAGCAAUGAAUCAGGCUAUUGUCGAAGAAAAAUGAUUGCACAACAUCUACCAAUAACUUCACAACAGCAAGAGACGUUCCAAGCUGAAAUGCGUCAAGUAGCUGGCCUUCUGCACCAACAACAACAAGCUACACUGGCACGAGUGGAGUGCGUUGAGCGGUUGCAAGCAGAACCUCAUGCAAAUGUAUCUGGUCACGUUUCGGCAAUGAACUACAAUCCCUUCCCCGGGACUGUGGGUCAUCGGGAAGAACACCAAAGUAUCAAGCAGGAAGCAGACCAGAAUGAAGCUGAUCAGCCACAAGAGAGAAGGCGGAUAUUACUUAACACGCGAUCUGCCGGUGCCCAUUCGGCUGAGAUCAGGGAAGCAAGGGUGGAAAACCAGAUAGCGCCAAACACUCAGCAGCCAUCACGGUGAAGGUACCAGGAAGCGCCCUUGUGUGGACCCAUGAAGAAGAAGAAUUCCAACGCAAGCAAUUCGAGCAGUUAAUAUGGUCUCUGCCAUAUAUUGAAAUCUAUUUAUGGCCUUUGAGAACCCAAGCCUCAUGGCAGGAUUGCGAAUCUUGAACGAAAGACGGUAGAGCUUGUCAAUGGUGGCCGACGUACUGGCCAGUAAAAGCUCGGGUAUAUCUUUAUCGUCGGAAGAACCGAGUUCUUCUUCUGAGUCAUUGCUCGAAACCUCAUGACGCUCCGUGGGAGCAUCUCUUGAGUGUCCUAUAAAAUUGAAAAAGUGGACAUACCCGUGGAGAGUUGAAGCCGCACAUUGAGUGAGAUGC